AUGUUCAAAUUGGUGGUGUUGUUCGCUAUUGUCGCUGUUGCCUCAGCCAAACCUAGUUGGUUAGCUCCUGCUGUGUACAAUACUGCCGUUGUGGGAUCAGUACCGUCUACAAUCAGCCAGCACGGUAGCAGCAUCGUCCACAGUGCGGAUUUGGUCAGUCCUGUUGUCCACACUGCUCCUGUUGUACACGCACCUAUAGUACACGCGCCUGUUGUACGCACUAUUCCUGCUGUAGCUGCUUACCAUCACGCUCCUGUCGUUUCCGCCUAUCACGCAGCACCAGCGGUUUUCAUAUAA